CCGAUUUAUGAAGAGAGGAAAUAGGGAGCGAAAGAACACUGUAAUCAGAACCUCACCCUUGACCAGACACCAGUCAUGGGGACCCCUAGCUGCCGCGGGUACUUGGAGCUGGGCCCCACAGACGUCCUGGAGCGCAAAGGUUCCCUAACCAUCCGCUCCCACCACAUGAAGUACUCUAAGCCGGUCUUAAUGCAUCGUUGGGACAUAGAUAGAGAAGGAAAUCCUAAAGCUGAUGAUCCAGAUGAAUAUCCUGUGGACUCAAAAAAUCUGUGUAAUUCAAGUUACCGUAGAUUUGGAACAAAGGAUGCUAUGCCUUGGAAAUCAGAAACACAUGAACAGAUGGAGCAAUGUCAUGUAAACAAAGAAUUUGUGGAAAGACGCAGUUUGCUCCUGCUGAAUAAUGAUACAUUUGACUCUGGGAUUGUUGAACGGGAUCUUGGAUUGCCUAGACAAGGUUUUGGAGCUCUCUUUCCCCGACACCCACAAGAUCGCCGUAAAAUGGAAUAUAUGACAACAUAUCGUGAAGACUAUGUUCCUCCCUACGAUUACUUGAAAGUUCUUCAGCCCCUCCAGGAUAUUUACUCGACAGUUCACAGAAAAUGCUGUUCUCAAUUCACUGAUGUUGAAGGUUAUAAAAGAAGAGGUAUCCAUUCAUGGCAGGAUGAGAGUGGGAUUUACUCCAAUGCAAACGUAAAACAAAUAAUCUUCCCCUCAGUUAAUCCUAUUCCUCCUAUUCUGAAAUAAUGCCCUUUAUCUUCUGUACAAAGAUACUUCUUUAGUUCCAUUUCUGACGAGAGACAAAGAAUUAAUGGUUUAUUAUAUGUUUUAAUAAAUAUGUUUACUCAUACAA